GCCUCCUAUCCGAGCAUCUGUGUUCGGCCCCGUCGCCCAGCAUGCUGUUUCCCACGACAUGCGUAGCUCUUGUCCUACUAGCCGCGGUGGCCCGGGCGGCAGUGGUCACUGAGAACGGUUACCCCAUCAUGUGGGAGAAGGCGGUGGCGGAGCUCAAAGACAUGCCCACGGCGGACGGCGUGGUCACCAUCAACCCCUGGGAAUACUCGCAGCGGAUGGGCAUGUAUCGGCUCCUGCUGAGCAGCACGGACCAGUACAUGAGGUCCAUGGGGCCCAGCACCAACGACAGCCCAUUGUGGGGUCUGCCUCUGCAGCUCGGCUGGAAGCAGAAAUCAGGUCGGUUGGUAGACCCAACUGGAGCUAGUACGUGUGGUCAAGAGAGUGCCGAUCCAAUGUGUAUCUCUCCCAAAAGCUGGUGGGCAUGUGUGAACUACUAUCUGUCUGUCAUUCCGUUCCUGGCCGCCGUACAGACAGGUGUAAUUGGAGACGGAGUCACUAAGAUAACUAUUCAGCCUGCAGAGGGCGCCGAAGAUUACUGCACCAGCUAUACAGACUGCUCUACAAAACACGCAGAUUUGAUGGCCCUAUGGGAAACCUUCUUUCAAACAAUGAAAACUGCCAGUGAAUCUGGAGCUACUGACUCUGAGAAAAGGGACCAGAUUCUCAGCACCAUGUGGGCCGCACAGCAAGCCUCUCUCCAGCAGGCCACCACCAGCUGCUCCGAGCGGCAGCAGUCCUACUCCGGGCCGGAGAUUACCUUCGCUCAGUCCUGGGUGAAUGCGGCCGACUACGUCAGUGCGGCGUACUUCCUGUCCAACUUGGAGAAGUCGGUGCAGUUCAUGAACCCCCUGCCCAGCCGGGUGCUGACGGCGACUGACAGCCCUCCCAACAUCCCGGACCUGACUGCCGAGGAAAACCACACUCUCUACAUCUUCAGCUGGAUGUCCAGCAUCAACAGACUACUGGGAGGUACUCUGGUGCGAUCGUGGAAGAGUGCCAUGUGUUCUGAUUUAGCUCGAGAGAAAGGUAGGGCCCUUCUGGACGAUCUGGUCCUGAACCCUAAAUUUGCAGUCUCUGGCCUCCUCUCCAUCCUGACUGAAAUGGCAACCAACUGCUGAUGGUACUGCAUGGCAACCUCUCACACAAGACCAAUGCCACUUCUACUCUGACAGGCCAAACCUGAUGAUGGAUGUAAGAAUUUUCUCAAUAAAAUUACUUUUCAAAA